CUACAAUCGACUCUACAAUCGAUCAUUCCUAGUGCUCGUCAAACUUAGUAGGCCAUGUUGGGUGCUCACCACCACCACCACCACCACCACACUUUUUUCUCUCUCCUCAUUUUCUCUCUCCUUCUUCUGAUGAUCACUGAUCAAGUGGUCGUGAGGUUCGCGGUGGGCGACGACUCUGGGUCGUCGUCGCCGUCGCCUCUGCAAGCGAAGUGCGGGGAGGAGUUCGCGAAGCUGACGAACUGCCUGGACUACGCGACGGCGAAGGCGGACGCGCCGUCGGGGGAGUGCUGCAGCGCGGUGGGGGCGAUGCGGAAGGCCGACCCGGCCUGCCUGUGCUACGUCAUCCAGCAGACGCACUCCGGCACGUCCAGCGCCAAGAGCCUCGGCCUGCAGUUCGGCCGCCUCCUCGCGCUCCCCACCGCCUGCAAGCUCGUCAACUCCAGCAUCACUGACUGCCCCAGGCUUCUGAAUCUCACCCCCAGCUCCCCUGACUAUGCUAUUUUUACAAACCCUAGCAAAGCUACACCCACAAGCAGCAGCAGCAGCUCAGACACUACAUCUGAAGGUAUUAUUCAUCAGAUAAGCCUGCUUGCUUGCUUUGCCAUUGCCAUAAUUAGUGCUAUCUUUGUAUCCAUCUAUUAAGGCAGGGUUUUUAAGGAAUUGGAGCAAUUAUUUGUCCUUCUUUUUUUUUUCUUUUUUUUUUUUUUAACUUUUCGCUGUGUUGUAAUUGUAUGUGGAUUAUUAUUAUUUGAUGCUCAAGGCUCUAGUGGUGUAAUGAGAAACUUGCUAUAAUUAAUUUUACCACUACUUUCUCUCA